CAGAAUUUUGUGAUAAUCAAGUGAAUAUCCCUACCAUCAGACAGGGAUUCUCAGGCUGCACAUCAAUCCUCUCGAUUUAAAUUGAUGGGUGAUCCGCGCUUCACCACAACUCGCGGAUACGGCGAGGAGGACACUCGGACGCGGCAUGUAACUUAGGUUUUUCCUACAUCAUCAGGAUCACCCACACAGCAUGGAUAGGCUCUCCACGCUCGACCUCGUGCCUCGCACCCUAGAACGAAACACGCGGCAGACAACCUGGAAGCUUCUUAACAGAAGCAUGUGAUGCUUAUUUACUUACUGUCUUGGUUUUAUCUCGAAUCACCCAGAUUCUCUCCAGCAUGUCUACCAAAGGCAAAGAGAAGAUGACAUCUACGGCGACGGACCGCAUCGAUGGGACGCCGCCAAUUAACGACGGCGUAUUCAAGCAGUUUAUUUCGACUCGCAGGAUGCAGCCAAGCCCAGCGUCUUUUGCUUUUAUUCCAAAGCCUCCUCCUUCGCCUUCUAUUUCUGCAAAUCGAACCAACGGCAAUACUCCGCAACCGAACAAUUCGCACAUAUCUCUUGCGCGACAAACAUUGUCUGGCACUCCCUCCCCACUGCUCUUUCAGCUAAAUGGGCACUCGGUCACAAACCUCAGCAGUGCCAGCACACGCUCUGGGGCUUCCGUCGCUACUCGGGAUCCUGCCCAUGAGGAACUAGAACUUCUCCAUGAUAGCAUCAGUGAUGUUCGGGGAAGAAGCAAGGAUCACGAACUUCGCACAGCCCCAAUCAUAACCCGCGAUGCAUAUAUUGCGGCAGGUUAUCGUGAGGGCGCCACUCAGUACGGCGUCUUAGGCAGUAUUCUGUCCAUCCACAAUAAAAAUAAUGUUCCAUACAAGCCGGUGAAUCCUCAGCUCUAUGUGAACACGAAUGCACCCUUCUCUGCUGUGGUCUGUGGGGUUCAGGGCUCAGGGAAGUCUCACACAGUUUCUCUGCUUCUCGAGAGCAUGUUUGUUCCGAACAUGCGUUCUACUGGCACCCUACAAAAACCACUAUCGGGGCUCGUUCUCCACUUCGGAGAAGGAGGUCCUAGCUCUCGACCUAGUGAAGCUGCAUGGAUCAGUUCGUCCCACACCCCCGGUGUACAAACGCCAUCAGUCAAAGUUUACGUUUCGCGUUCUUCUCUGAAGACCAUGAGGGCUGUCUAUGCGCCCUUGGGUGACGGGGUCACUGUUGAACCAUUGUUCUUCAGUCAAGAUGAGUUGGAUGCACAGGCAUUUCUGUCCAUGAUGGCUGUCGGCUCCUCCGAAUCAGCUCCGCUAUAUAUUCAGGGUAUUUUGUCGAUUCUCCGUGACCUUGGGGAAAACUUCACUUACCCCGAAUUCAUGCGGCAGUUGGAUGUGAAGAAGGAGUCGUUCAACAAUAUGCAGCUCGCAGGUCUCGAGCAGAGGAUGGCGCUGCUCACAUCCUUCAUGAACCCAAACAUGAAACCGCAGACCCGCUUUGCAGAAUCGCAGCUCACGAUCAUUGAUUUAUCAGACCCGUUCAUCGACCCAGCGUCAGCAUGUGGGCUGUUUGAAAUCAUCACACGUCUAUUUGUGAGAGCGGAUGUGGGGACCGGGAAAGUGCUAGUAGUUGAUGAGGCCCACAAGUACCUGUCGCCAACGAAGGGCUCCUCUGGCUUGACUAAGUCUCUCCUGACAUUAACCAGGGAACAACGUCACCUAGCCAUGCGCGUUAUCAUCAGUACACAAGAACCUACGGUCGUGCCACCCGUUCUGCUUGACUUAUGUACUGUCGCAAUUUUGCACCGGUUCUCCUCCCCAUCGUGGUGGGAACAUCUGGCAAAGCAUGUAUCAGCCGACAUAUCAGCAGAAGACGCCUUUGAUCGCGUUGUUAAACUGCAGACAGGUGAAGCGAUUGUACUUGCGCCCUCUGGCCUGGGAGUAUUCCCAGAUAUACCCGAUGCUGCCAGGACGGGAUAUGUAGUUCCGGUGCCGAAACUCGGACAAUUUGGUCGCCGCUACGUGCUCGUGAAAACUCGACGCAGGAUAACAAGAGAUGGCGGAGCCUCAAUACUCGUGGUUGACGACUGAGUGGUGCAAGGGCCCUGGACUUAUUGGGAUAAUUACGCGGAGCGAUGUUGACAGAGGGCUUGUUGUUCCCACUCUUGCAGAUGACAAUGAUUAGCACAUAUUUAGUUUACGUUUGUUGAGGUGUACCAAUACCAUGAAGAUGAGCCU